GGCCCAGAAACUGCCGCUUUGGGGCGGCCCGCCCCAAGCACACAAGGUGGUGGGAAGGUGACGUGUGUUUGGUGGUGGUUGCAUCAGCCCGGCAAAAGAGGUCAGGGUUCAUGGUAGCGGGGCUUUUUUUUGCCCCCUCUGAGGCGGCGGCGGGACGCGCAUCGCCUUUUUGCAGAUCGAGGUACCCGGCAGUUACGGCAUCUUGUCAACUUGUAUAAAGAGAGCAUGCCGUUGGGCCGUUUGAAUCCAACUCGACUCGUUCCAUCUCGUGCACAUAUAGUAGACUUCUGGCCACCGUCAAUCCAGUCUUUCGUUUACCAACGUCGAGUCACGUACGCUCUCGUUCGAAGCACUUGUGUACACGAAGACUACAAGCUGCCUCUCCCACUUACACACAUCACCACCGCUAAAAGACUUCCGACAACCACCUUCACCAUGCGCGCCGCCACCAUCCUGUCCGCCAUCGCCCUGGCCACGCCCGCGCUCGCGCAAAACAGCUUCUCCGUCACCGAGGCCAACACGCACACAAACCCCAUCGUCGUCAGCGAGGUGCCCUCGACGACCGUCACCGUCACUUCGGCCUCGUCUGCAUCCACAUCUGAUGCCUCAUCGUCAGCGCCGUCGUGGUCGUCGUCAUGGAGCCUGCCCGCCGGCAACUCGACCAGCACGACCAUCUUCCCCACGGGCACCGCCCCGACCUCCGCCUCGGGCGUGCCCACCAGGUCCGCCAACGGGACGACCCUCAGCACCGGCAGCCGCACUGGCCUGCCCCCGCAGCCCACCACGGCCAUCACCUCGGCGCCGCCCGUGCCCACGGCCGCGGGCGCCGCGCUGGGCGUGCAGAGCGUCUUCUUGGGCCUGGGAGCCGUCGUCGCCCUGGCAGCUGUUCAGCUGUAAAUGGCGGAACGAAUAGGUGAAGGGAAGUCACGAAAGAGCAUUCAUUACAUUUUAGCUUUAUACGGCGCAUGCGGGGAAUGAGCAAAGCUCCAGGCACAGAAUGCGUGUUUUCACAUCGAGGCAAGGUUGCCUCGUGGUUAUAUGGCUUGGAGUGAUACUUUAUCGGGGUCAAGUUUGAACCCUUAAUACGGUAUCCAGCGCCCGCGAUGGGCAUCUUAACGUAAUAGACAAAUAAUGCAUCCAAUUCACUCAGUACCGGUAGUUCUUACUUGGACCCUCACACCGAGUUGUCAUCCAUUGAAGUGAUUUUUGCACCAUGGCUCCUGGCUUUGCCCCGACUCCGAUAGCAUUCCGCAUUGGGCAUAUACGUACUCUAUAG